AUGAUCCCACGUGUGAGAGAUUCUGAUGGUUGGAUUUUCCGCUGGUUGUCGGGUGAUGACGUCAUGGAUGAUGUCAUAAAACUGGGAAUAAUUGAGAACAAGAAGAGAGAAAAUGACAGGAUGCAGUUAUUGGAACGCGGAAGCAGGUACGAGAGUGAGGCCCAAACCCAAUGGGCUCUGAAGCCCCCUCCUCGUUAG